AUGCAUUUAUUCGAGGAUGAUCAAUUGCAGGGACAGCUCGGCGUGGCCAUGGCAUUAGCUGAUGCGCAACUCGGACACCUUGCCGAUUGGAGUAGGCUCUUAAAUUUCUUCGGUUGGCAUGCUAGGCCUUCUCAUGAACAGGCAGAUAAUCAAACUCGGCCAUAUUCAAUGCCGCUACCCUUUGGUACCACCAUUCCACCAUACGGCCUGCAUGCCACAGCUGCGUCGACACCUAUAUGGCUUCCUGCUGGUUGGUAUCCUCUGUCAGUGUUCCUCAGUGUUCCUCAUACAACUGAGACAGAGAAGAGAGAGAAAAAGCUGAUGAAGAAUGAAGUCCAGUCUUCUCAUGAUGCCAGAGGCUCAGGAGAUUCAGUGAAUGGGCACGCCAAGAGUGAUUUGGUUGAUUGUACCGGCUGGCAAUGCCCUAGUGGAAAUAAGAUGCUGCAAAAGUGCAAUGCCAUGACAUACCAUUAUAACAUUGAACGGGAUGGUGUAGUCUAUGGGGUCUGGGAGCAUGAAGGGAUGCAUGAGCAUGAGCAUCCUUUGGGGGAGUUUCUGUCAAAGAGGGAACAAGAGGCCCUUGAUGAUCAAACAGACUUCAUGAGACGAGUGGUCAAGGAUGCGAUUGAUGGAACAUAUGCGCAAUCACAUAAGCAAUGGAGGAAACAAGAUAUGCUCAGACGCCUCAAAGCCAUCAUACCAGAUUAUAAAAUCAAACUUGGCCCCGACGAUGUGAUACUUGGUGCCAGCGGACUGCUCCUCAAUCUCGUUGUUAUAGAAGAGCUGGCUACAUGCAAAUAUGUCAUUCUGCAUCUCUCAAGCAUACCCGAGCAAGCUCUUUCUGCAUGCGAUGAUGCAAUUGACACCACAGCCCCUCUUAUAUUCGGGCAUAGAAUUGACUAUGGUGCGACAGCGCACCUCAACCCAGGGCUAUCCAAAAAACUUCACACUAUCGCUAGCUUGGAGGUACAAGCAGAAGGGUCCUUAGCUCAUAUUCAAACAUCUAGUGGGGAAGCGUACAUAUGGCCUGCUUCUGAGGAUCCCGGACUUUCUGAAGGGCCAUCCUACAUUCUGACAGAAAUCACCAUCACAGAACGUCCACGCCCACGUCCACGUGUCUGUGCUAAAGCUCAGCAACAGAAACUAAUAGUGGGGAGGGAGCCUGAUGCUCAACAUGUGGAGUUGGAGAUGGCUCUGAGAGCAGGUGACAAGCAUAGGUGGACUGAUUCUGACAAGUCUAAUGGGCAGCCUGCAAAGGUCAGGAAAAUAAAGGGAAAAACCAAUUGA